AUGUGUGUGCAGUAAUGGCUAAACGUCCAGCUGUUGAUCAGGAGCUUUCAGCAAUCCUUAAUGAGUUGUGGAAGCUGGACGUGAACCGCGUGAAACCGGGAAAAGACUACACCAUCAAUCUACAGGGAAAAGCUGAUUACGUGGCCCAGGGCAGUAACACUGCUAGAGACAAAGCCAAUGCUCCUCUGUUCACGUACGUCAAUGAGGAUAAACUUAAAAGCAUUGCCACGUAUGCUAGCUUCAUAAAUCUCUUGGACAACUAUGAGAUGUCUACAGGUGUGGAAGAGAAAGUGACUAGUCAGGAGCUGGAGGAGAAUAACAUCUUCCUCGAUGCCAUCCUACAGACCCAGGUCAUGAAGCGUGCACAUGGGUAUUUAGUCAGUAAAGGACAAGCCUCUCCUGAUGUAGCUCAGUUUAAAAAGCAGCUCUUUGACGUGUGGUUCAAACUCUAUCACCGAGACAGAAGUGGAGGUGAAGACUCUUGUGGAUUUGAACAUGUGUUUGUUGGCGAGACCAAGUACGGGAAAGAGAUCAUGGGCCUUCAUAACUGGGUUCAGUUUUACCUGCAGGAGAAGCUGAAAUGUAUCGACUACAAGGGUUACAAAGCCAAAGAUAAAGACAUGCCGGACGCAAACGAUCACGUCAUUAACCUGCAGUUCAGCUGGAAAGGCCUGGUGAAGCCAUUGGGCAGCUCGUUUAUUGGUGUCAGCCCUGAGUUCGAGGUGGCUCUCUUCACCAUUAUAUUCCUGAAGAGCAACGAGCGCGUUACCAACGCCAUCGCCAAAGUGGACGAGUACUUGCUGGAGAUCGUGGUUUGUCGACAUGGACGUGCUAUUGGAACAUCCUACCCCAAACUACUCAGCAGCAACAACAGAGAUCAGUAGAUUCUUUAUGGACCAGGUUGUAAGGAUUUUAGAUUUUUCCUUCUAGCCUUAUAGUAGGUCAUAUAUUCAUAACACAGAGUCCUGACAUUACAAUUUUAAACUGGCAUAACUGUAUUAUUAGUGUUAUUGUGCUGUUUUUACAGUUUCUGUACUGAAGUGCAUUUACAGAUUGCAUAUGAAGAACCAAAACUUUUGUUCAUAUAUACAUUAUAUGACUAUAUAUAUUCAAGACUAAUAAAAGUUACUCAGGAAUAAAA